GUAAGCGCUUUCGCGAUCACUUGCACGUGGCAACAGGUGUACUCAACGCCCCGCAUCACCUUCAAGUUGCUCAGUACUGCUCAGCUUUGAUUCCCAUUAAUACUUUGUUUCUACCCGUCACAACACCCAUUGACCAUGGCUUAUGUAUCCAUAGAAUCGGACGACCGUAUGGAGGAGGGCCCGGAAGGGCUUCGGUUUCAAUCCUUUCUUGGAACUGAUGCAAGAGCUACCAGUGAUGCCACAGGUCCAAGAAAUGAUUCGGGCGCAGCAUAUGGCUCGGAUAGACCAGCACCAGGCGGUCGUUUUUGGAAUCUCGAUUACUACCAACCCUAUUUCGACGUAGACACGAAAAUGGUCCUGAAGCGAUGUUAUUCAACUCUCUUACCAACCUCAAGCUCCUACCUCUCUACACAUCUCACCCCUUCCGCCGAUCUCUACGGUCCAUUCUGGACUCUCACCACACUCAUAUUCGCGCUAUUCGUGUGCUCUUCUCUUGCAUCAUCAAUAGCCGCCUACCUCUCAGACCCCGCAGGCUCUUCACCAACCGAUCCUAUAGAGUACGACUUUGGUCUGCUCAGUACCGCUGUUGGUUUGGUGUAUAGUUAUGGGUUGGCGCUACCUGUAUUGCUUUGGUUGGGAUUGAGGUAUUUGGGUGUGGGUGAGUGGAGUGUUGUUGAGGCUAUUGCUGUAUGGGGAUAUGGACAGUUUAUUUGGAUUCCAGUCUCGUUACUUUGUGUUAUCCCAGUUGCACUCGUUCGAUGGAUACUGGUCGGCCUUGCCUUCCUCAUUUCAGGUUACUUCCUCGUAGCGAACGUAUAUCCCAUCCUCGCUUCAGCGGACGCCAAAGCCGUCCGACUUAUUAUUAUCCUGUUGGCGAUUCUACAUGCAGGUCUUGCACUGUGCUUUAAAGUCCUCUUCUUCAGCUAUUACGCUUUCAAGGAAGUGGGUCCCAAGGAUCCGAUACCUGCACCUAUCCCAGGUGAAGAGUCUACGACGACGGCUGCUACGCUCCUACGGCGGAUCCUUAGUAGUUAAUUUACUAGAACGGUGGUUUCUUGCAUUCAAUUUCCUACUCGAGUGGUGAUACUUUAUGAUGAUACAUAUUCCAAUGGACUCGGUCAGAGAGGAAUGUAAAUGUCUGUAUCCGUGCGUGAAACCUUUCUAGUCUAGAAGCGUAAGAACCGCUUUCGCAAGUAGAAACCCAUUCC